CGCCUCUGCAGCAACAGUAAACACACCGUAGAAGAAGAAGCAGGAGGACAUGAGUGUCAGGAAGUCGCUUCACGGAUUGUCGCUUUGGACCAGCACCUUCUGCUUGUCUCUGUCCUGGACUCAUGUUCAAGGAAAGCAUCAGCUGAUUGGUCCAUCUGAGCCAAUCGUAGCUGCUCCUGGAGAUGACGUCCUCCUUCCAUGUCGGGUGGAUCCUGAGUGGGACGCCGUGGGGAAGACGGUGGAGUGGUCCAGACCGGACCUGAGGGUCCCGGGCGGACAGAAGCUGGUGGAGUAUGUGUACGUGUACCGGUUCAAGAAGAUGGACCGAGACAUGAUGAUGGAGACGUACAUCCAGAGGACGUCUCUGUCAGAAGAAGGACUGAGACAUGGAGAUGUGUCUCUUUCAAUCAGGAACGUGAGCUUGGAGGAUAACGGGAGGUUCAGAUGUUUCCUCCCAAGCCUGAUGAGAGCUGCAGAAGUUCUGCUUGUUGUCGACCCAAACUUUGUUAAAAUGACAACAACGGAGACGGUUCCUCACAGAACCCUCAUCACUCCAACCCCACAGGAUGAGACCAGCAGUACCGGUGAUCGCUCCAGGCUGCUGAUCUGUUUACCUCUGGCAGUUUUCUUCUUCUUCGUUGGUUUUUUUUGUGCCGCUUUAAAAAGUUCCCCAAACAGAAGAAACUUGCUGGAAUCUGUGUGACUCAGACAUCCACCCUGAACGCUGUGCUCUGGAGCUGCAGAGUCCGAUUCAACCCAGCAGCUGAAGCCUCAGGGAGACCUCCUGAUGAGUCUGGUUCCUCGCGUGGCUGCAGUCAGACUCUGCAGGAAUCUCCGAAACCUUCGGAUCAGUACUCGAUAACAGCUUCUGGAUUCACCACCAUGAAGAGGACUUCUGAUUUUAGUCCAGAGAAGAAACCAGAACUGAUGAAAACUGUCAGAGGUUUCCUUCUACCUCCUCAGCUUUUCUCUAGCCUCAGGAUGAAAUGGAUCAGAGUGAGAACUGAGCCUGGUGACUCAUUGUAAAAAAAAUGGUUUAACCGUGUUUUAAAUCUCAUUAUGAAACUGAUCUGGAAUCAGGUUUAUGUUUCGGUUUGAAUCUACUGUUUCUAACCAUCAUCGGUUCUCAUCCUGUCUGUAUGAAGGUGCCUCAAACAUUUACAGAAGCAAGUCUGUAGAUCAGAUGUUGUUCUAGAGUAUUAAGUUCAUACCUGCAUAUGUUCCCCAGAGAAGGUGGCCAUUAGCUGCAUUAUAUAUUUCAUUUCAUGAAAGUCAUCACUUCACCAGGUAGUGAUGCUUGUUUAGUGAAGCUGAAUGGACGAACUGUGAAGAUUUUUUACCUUGAAAAGCAUUUUGCUGUUUAAACACUUAAAGCACUUUUAAAAAAAUACCAAAAUGAUGUCAAGUAUUUAAAGGGAAACAGUUAAACUAACAGGGAAGGUCUGAGUCAUGGAGCAAAGUAUCAAAACAGGAAAUGAUCUGGAAAAUAUACUGAACAAACGUCACAGAUGUCCAAAAUAAUCCCAAGUUAAACAGAUGGGCUGAAUAAAAUGUUAAAUACUUUAUUAUAUUCAAAGGGAUUUGGAACUGAAACUGAAGCUGCUGUUAAACAGUUGAAUAGUGUCAGAUGAACCACUCCUUGUUUCUGAGCACGAAAUUAGAACUGUUGUAGCUGUGUGGGGUGGUGCAGUCCCACCCUCUCCAUAUGGGCUGUGGGUUGGGUGGGUGCCCGCCAUUUGGCGCCAUUUCAAACGAAGCAUCAGCCAGAGACCGCCACUGACUCCAUGCCCAGCUAUUUAACGGAAAGUAACCAUUGUUCGGGAGUCAAGAGGAAAUUAUUGUCUCGGUGUCGACGACGCGUCAGAUUAUCCUCAGGCCACCGAUGGUACUUUGUGUUUUAUUAUUACACAUCUCUGUUGGAUGUGGAAAAAAACCUCUGGUCUCUAUGGGAACACUCUGUCCUCCCUGUAAGAGGAAAAAAACUCCUCCCAUUCCAACUGGUAUCACUCCAGGCCAGACGGUCAGCUGGCUGACUGUUAGGGAACGCACCCAGUUACACCCUAAAGCCUCCAACAGCUGAACUAUGUUUCAUAUGUCUGUUAUUUUAUUGCUGUUUAGUUUAUUCUCUAUGAAUUAGUCAAGUUUGUAUUUCACCUACCUCUCCUGGCUUUAACUGUGCAGUUUAUUAUGAACGAUUAAACUAAUGAAAUGACAUUACAGGAAUGUUUUAAUGCUCAGACAAAAUGUGAAAAAAGUUUUUAAUUAUUGACAUUUGUUGUAUUUCCAACACAACUGGAUGUUUGCUGUUGUUAAAAUAAAGUUUGUGGUGUAAUA